UUAGACAAAGAGGUAGUGUUGUCGAUGAAUGAGAGAGAUGCAGCUAGUUUGGGCAUAUGGCAAUGAGAGAUUGGACAAUGCAUUAGCCAACAGUAGUUCUUAUUUUGUAUUGUUAAUUGGAACAUCCUACCUAUUAGCCAGUACAGAUUUCGCAAUUUAAGACCUAACUGCUUUCUCUUGUAAAAAAUAUGUUUCUUCCAGGUCA